AAAUCAGAGAGAAAGAAGAUAUACUAAGAAUGGAGGUUGAUCAAGUGCUGCACAUGAACGGGGGCGUGGGAGAAGCAAGCUAUGCAAACAAUUCCUUAGUUCAGCAAAAGGUGCUGAUACUGACGAAGCCGAUUCGAGAGGAAGCCAUAACCAACUUGUACCACAAAAUGCUCCCGCCAAGCCUAGCGAUUGCAGAUUUGGGUUGCUCUUCUGGUCCCAACACUUUCUUUGUGGUUUCUGAAGUUAUCAGAACAUUGGAGAUGCUUCGCCGAGACCUAAGCCGGCAGUCUCCGGAAUACCAAGUCUUCUUGAACGAUCUCCCGGGGAAUGACUUCAACAACAUCUUCCGGUCUCUUGGCAGCUUCAAGGACAAACUCAGUCGUGAAAUGGUUUCUGGGGUUGGUCCUUGCUUCUUAUCGGGAAUCCCUGGUUCCUUCUACGGCAGGCUUUUUCCUUCGAAAAGUCUCCAUUUUGUCCAUUCCUCUUACAGUCUUAUGUGGCUUUCUCAGGUUCCCGAGGGAGUGGAGAACAAUAAGGGCAACAUCUAUAUGGCAAGCACAAGCCCCUCGAAUGUGUUCAAGGCUUAUUACCAGCAAUUUCAGAGAGACUUCUCGUUGUUUCUUCAGUGUCGUGCGAAGGAAGUGGUGGAAGGGGGUUGUAUGGUGCUCACGUUCUUAGGCAGAAGAAGUGACGAUCCCUCUACCAACGAAUGCUGUUUAAUCUGGGAGCUUAUGGCCACAGCUCUCAAUGACUUGGCCUCCACGGGAAUUAUAGAACAAGAGGAAGUGGACUCGUUCAAUAUACCUCAAUACACACCAUCCCCGUCUGAAGUGGAACAAGAGAUCGUGAAAGAAGGGUCAUUCAAAACCCAUCGUGUGGAGGUAUCUGCAGUGAACUGGAAUUUGUACGAUGACCGGAACAGAAUAGGCAGCGAGUUUAGUGAAUCGGAAGUAUUAAGUGAUGGUGGAUAUAACGUGGCAAAGUGUAUGAGGGCUGUGGCCGAGCCCUUGCUGAUCAGCCACUUCGGAGAUGGUAUCAUCGAAGAAGUUUUCAAGAGGUACCAGGAGAUCUUAACAGAUCGUAUGUCCAAAGAGAAAACUGAAUUCAUCAAUGUCACCUUUUCUGUGACCAGAAACGCCUGAUCACCAAGACCGUCAAUCUUCGUAUCUGCACAUUUCUAGCUGUCUUAAAUAACUUCAUUCAUCUUUUGAGAAUUGAAGUUUUGGGUUUAUCUUUAAUAUAAUGAUGUAUGGAUAGCUCUGUGUGUGUUGAAGCUUCUGAUUUGCGAGAUGCAUGUAAUUUGCAUAUAUAUAAUAAA